CAUAUGUAACAGCUGGCCAGUCCCUAUUUUUUUUCCCUUCCCUCUCUUUUCGUUAGGUAGAAGCUCCCGCCGCCCGCCCCUUUGCCGGGCCACACCAGCCUCCCUCAUCCUCCUCCUCCCGAUCCCGCCCGCUCCUUUGCGAUCAAUUUCUUUCCCACGACGUUUGCUUGUUUGAUCUCAGAUUCAACAUUUGCGCCAUUGAACCGACUGCCCCUGCCGGCGAAUCCUUCUUUCUAUCCGUUCUUUUCUCCUCUUUCCCGUUUGUUCUCCUCUGAGCCGGUCCCGACGACGUGGGCCAUGCCGCUCUGAAGCCCGCACGUGUUCAUAUCAUCUGUCGCCAUGGUCUCCUUCUGGCCCUGGAGGGCCAACGACUCCUCCCCUGCCUCUUUUGAGAAGACGCUCUCCGCACUCUCGGCAAAGAUCACCGACACCCAGGCCAGACUCGAUGGCGCGCGAGCCACCUCCCGUCGCAUCAGAGUGCUCUGGUCUCUAUACCUUGCCUUCGCCUAUCUCGUUUACUCCAUUGUCAUUUUCCUCGUCGUCGGCAUGAAUAGCAUGGGCGCCUGGGAAUGGACCGGUGUCGCUGGGGGUCCGGUCGUUAUUUACCUUACGAGAACCACUGUAAAUGCUUUUUUCAACUACCGUAUCGACACUCUGUCUGCCCGCCUCAAGGAGCAGCAGGCCGAGCGCGCCAAGACGAUUCAGAAGCUCAAGGAGGCAACCCGGUACGACACUACGUUGGAGCUCCUCGAGAAGUACGGCGGCAACGAGGGCAAGGGCAAGGGCAGAAAGCAAAGCGUCGCCGACGACGAGAAGAGGCAGCAGCAACAUCAGCAGAGGCAACAACAUGGGGGUAGACACAACGAGAGCGCCGCCGGGGGCCGGACGAACAUUCCCCCUCCGGCCACCGCCAACAUCCAGCGACGGGACGGCCCCUUCCCCGGCCCAGCUUCGCCUGCCCCGCCCGGCAUUCAAGCCGGACAGCGCCCGCCGCAGACUCCGAACGGCCUCGAGCCGACGGAAGAGUUCGCGCCCAACGCAUACGCCCACCCGCCGCCUCCACCGUCCCAGUCGCAGCACUUUGCGCAGGCCGACGGCACCCCCGGCUCGUCCCACUGGUACGACCGCAUCAUGGACCUCCUUCUCGGCGAGGACGAGACGGCGUCUAAGAACAGGAUCGCCCUCAUCUGCGCCAACUGCCGGCUCGUCAACGGCCAAGCCCCGCCGGGCACCAAGACGCUGUCUGAGAUCGGCACAUGGAAGUGCAUGGGCUGCGGGGCCGCCAACGGCGAGAUGGACGAAGGCAAGCGCAUUAUGCAGGAGGUCCUGGGGUCGCGGGGCGGCGGCGACGGUAACGGGGACGGGGUCCCCGCUGGCGAGGAGUUCAAGGAGUCGGAUAGUGACGACUCGGACCCGGCGGUCGGGGUGGAGGACUCGAACGGCGGAGCGAAGGCUACGGGCAGACAAGGUCCGGGUCCUGCGGCGGCGGCGACGAAGAAGCGCAAGGGCAAGGGCGGCAAGUGAAGAUGAUUCGCGGCGCAUUGGUGGGCCCGCUGGCUAGCUACAGCAACAUUUUUUCCCUUACAUACGUUAGUUAGUCAUGAUGAAGACAUACGUACAUCAACGUGAUACAUCAAGACGAUGCCGCCAGG